GUGCCCACACAGAGCCAGCACCUAAAGUAUGCCUUUUUCAGCAUCUACAACUGUGAAGAGGGGAAACCCGAGAUCUACCAACUGCUGACCCUGCCUUUUGGGGCCACGCACUCGGUUUAUUCCUUCCUUCGACUGGCGAGACUCAUUCACAGUAUUGCUGCUCGAGGUUUGUAUGUCCUCAACACGAACUUUUACGACGAUUUCGUGUUGUUAUCCAAACCUGAGAGUUGCAAGUCAGCAAACCUGGCUAUGGAGGUCUUGUUUAUGCUGACUGGUUGGGAAUUUGCUCGUGAUGGAAAGAAGGCAACACUUUUUGAGACCACCUGCAAGGCACUUGGAGUGGAAUUUAAUUUGAGCAGAUCAGAGCAAAGGAUUGUCCAAAUCUACAACACCGAGCAGAGAAGGCUUGAUCUUGUUUCUAGGAUCUCUGAGGUUUUGCUUGAUGGACAGCUGUCAAAACAUGAGACACUCGUGCUGAAGGGGCGCUUGGGCUUUGCUGACAGCUUCCUACAUGGCAGGCUUGGAAAGAUACUCCUAAAGAAGCUGCUUGAGCAUGCCUACUCGCGCCAGAGGACUUUGGACGAGAGCACCAAACAUGCUCUACUGGCCAUGAAGACAAGGCUUGAAGCAGGACACCCUGUCCAGAUCUCGGACCAGGAACUCCUGCAGUGGUUCAUCUACACCGAUGCUGCAUACAACAUGGAAGAGAAAACUGGUGGCGUAGGUGGAGUUUUGGUUGACCAAUCUGGAACCUGUAUACAAUGGUUUGGUUUUCCUCUCGAUGAAGAAAUGUGCAAGACGUUCGGUUGCCAAACAAAACAGUCAAUUAUUUAUGAGCUUGAGUUGGUAGCUGCAGUACAUGCUCUUUCUUAUUGGGGUGACCAUCUGGCGGGCAACCUGACCACAUGGUUCGGAGACAAUGACAGUGUGAGAUAUGCGUUAAUUAGAGGAACUGCCAUCGGGCCUUGCGGUGAAGUGAUCAUGAAGUUUCAUCUUGAGAAGGAAGCAAGCAUGCACUCAUGUGCUUGGUUUGCUCGAGUCCCGACUGAGGCAAACAUUGCUGACUUCCCUUCGAGGCUUUCUGAACAUCCGCUCCUCGUCCCAAAAGCAGAUGUCUCCGAGAGUGCACGCCUUUGCUUUCAGAGCUUGAUUUCAACGGUCGAUUCGAACAGUGGCCUGCACGUUGUUGAUGGGGGAGAUGAGGAGCGUGCAACCCCCAGUUCGAAAAAGAAGCGCCUGAUUGCUUAG